UGCUGGUUAGUUGCUUGUUUGUUAUUAUCGUCAAAGUGAGCAAAUAUUAAAAUAAAAUAAUGUGAACAGAAAACAGAGAAGCAGAAAAAUGAUGGCAUGUGCUUGUUUUCCGUAUUAAAAUUUUUGACGCAACCACCCCCCCCCCCCCCGUUCUCCCUCUAUCUAUUCCUCCACUCGUUUUGUUUCUUGUUUUUUAUUCCAACAAUUGGCAGCGCGGUGAAAUUUGUCUCCGUCAAACCCUAUUCCUUGUUCCUUUUUAUUUAUUUUUAUUUUUGGCUGGUUCCUCUGUCACAUGAAACCAAGCAGAGAUUAGAGAUUGUGAGAUCAUCAGAGUAAACGGGCAGAUAUGCAAAUCACAUUUAAUUUUUUCGGGGUUAAGCAAAGUCUAAAAUAUGUAAAUUACUGCGAACAACACCAACAGCAAGAAAAGGCCAGUCAACAGUUAAACCGGCGCUCGCAAUGU